AUGGCUUUCGCUGGCGUGUCCCUCAUCGUCGAUGGUAAGUUGUGCGACUCCACCUCGUCGCCCUUCGACGCUCGCGCGGACAGCGGGUACCACUUGCUCGUGGUCCAAGGAUACUCCAACACCAAAGGCACAACACCAAACAAGAGUUGCAUCUCGUCUCGUCCUUUCCUGGUUGGUGGCCAUCGCUGGAUUGUCAAGUACUACCCAAAUGGUAAGGAUGACGAUGAUGACAAUGAGGAGUAUAUGUCGCUUAUACUUGAGAGUGACGACGAUGUGGGAGGACAUGAAGGUGUCAGCCAGGGCAUCAAGGUUCAGUAUGAGUUAAGUUUCAUUGAUCAACCAGAGUUGCAGGUGCCAACGAUCAUACGUCGAGAUAACAAAUAUGACAUCGAUGUUGCUAUGGGCUACUCAACGUUCAUGCGAAACGACGCUCUGGAAAGAUCGAGACACCUUAAGAACGAUAGCUUCGCCAUCCGCCAUUUCAGCAACCUUCUCCUCACAAAGGAGGGUGCCGACAUUACGUUUGAGGUUGGUGGCAAGAAGUUCGCGGCGCACAGGAUUGUGCUUGCAGCCCGAUCUACGGUCUUCAAGGCACAGCUAUUCGGCGCCAUGGAUGAGGGCGCUACUGCGCCAAGUGUCCUCAAGAUAAAUGACAUCGAAGCAAACGUAUUUAGUACGUUGCUUACCUUCAUCUACACCGACGCAGUUGCAUGGUUCAUCCUAAUGGAGGAGAAUGAAGGAGAUAUAGAGGAAGGAGACUACACUGAGGACAAUGGAGCAGAAGGAGACAACAGUGAGAACAAUGGAGUGGAAGAAGAAGAGAAAGGAGGCGACAUGGAGGACAAUGUAGCAAAAGAAGAGGAAGAAGACAACACUGUGAACAAUGGAGCAGAAGAAGAAGAGAAAGGAGAGGUCACUCAUGUGCUAAAUUUGCUUGAAGCUGCGGUCCAUUAUGAUCUCCAAAAGCUGAAGAUAAUCUGUGAAGAGACAUUGGCCAGUUAUUACCUAACCAUAGACAGCGUGGCAGACAUUAUUGUGGUGGCUGAGCGGAGGGGAUACUGCUGGUUGAAGGAUGUGUGCUUGGAGUACAUCAAAUCCCACACGAGCGUGCACAAGGUAUUCACCGCUGAUUUGUUGGACCAGAUCAUCAGAACCACCAGCCUCUCCGGCCUGAAGGAGCUCAUCUCCAAGUUUCGUGCUUCCUAA